CAUGGAUGGCGAUUAUCACUUUCAAAGCUUUCAAGACGACGCGAGAAACAAUGUACCUUCCAACAAACCCAGUCUCCUCUAUUCGAAUGUCUACCUACCGAAGUCCGCCUUCUUAUCUGGGAACACUAUCUCUGUAGCCGUAGGCUGCAUAUUGUUCGAUCAAACCAGUACAAAUGGAAACGACUCCAGAAGCAAAUUGUCGGGGUUUUAUGCAGCGAACCUCGCAAUUUCUGUCCAUGUAGUCAUCACUGUUGGGGACCGCUUGCUCGUCGGCCUGCGGGAAAUUGCAUCACACACAUGAACUGUGAGUCAUAUUACCACGAAGGCUCCGAGUGGAGAUUUGACACGAGAAGAGUCAACUCUGUGCCGCUUUUACAAACGUGUCGAAGGGUAUACUCCGAGGCCAUUGAUAUCAUCUUUCAAAAGAACACUUUCCUCUUUAAUCACACAGAUACAAUCAUUGAUUUUUCGCAUACACUUCUACCACAUCGCAUAAGCCUGAUUCGCACUUUGCAGCUCAGCUUUCCGGAUCCUGGUGGUCCGAGCUGGAAUAGAUGUUGCCAGGUUCUCGCUACGAAGCUGCCUGGCCUGAAGACCUUGACCAUUCAUUUGUAUCCUCACGUCACAAACCGUCUGGAUGAUUGGCUUAUAUCGCUGCAUCAGAUUCAACAACCCACAGUCUUCGAGGUCUUGCUGAUCAAGCCAUGGUAUCUGGAUCCGCAAUGGGAAAAGUCAACCGGGCUUGUUGAUGCACCUUUUCAAUUUUCGAUUGUUGAUGUGCAGAGAGGCAGCCUCUUGAAAACUAAGGAGAAAGAGUCUGAGUUUGCAAUUGAGACUUCAUAG